AUGCCUGCGAGCCGGCCCUUGUCCAAAAUUGCCCAGGUUCAGGACUGGAUGAACCCGACAGGCGGCGUCGGUCCUGACUACUAUCGACCGCUCACACCCCUGGACACCGGCGUGACGAAUGAAUUGUCGUUCCCGGCACCUGUACGCCCGCCUAACAACCAGGGAGUUCGCCUGCCUGAGCAGCCUGCCAUCAACUACUUCCCGACCGCCACGUCGACCUACGCCGGCAUGACAUUCAACCCGAACAACAUCACCCUCGUGUACACAGGCUACUACGUCCCCGCCAGCAGCGGCACGUACGAAUUCUGCUCCGCCGAUGCCGACAACGUUGUCAACUUUUACUUUGGCCAGGCGGCGUUCCCCUGCGGAGACGCGUCUGUUACCUCGACACCAGCCGGCAUCGAUCCCACAAUUUAUCAGGCCUUUGGCUUCACCCCCGCAACCGUCUGCGUGUCGAGAGAUCUCGUGGCCGGCUUGCCGUACCCGAUGCGUAUCGUCUACGGCAACUACGGUUUGCCUGCGGGUUCGACCGUCACGAUCGCUCCUCCUGGGGAGGCCGGGUCUUCCACUUGGGCUGGGCAGUUGUACGAGGGGACUUGCACGACUGUGACGCCGCCGACGAGAUUCAAGCAACUGUAA